AUGGAGUCAAUAAACACAAACUUCACUGUCACUGAAUUUGUGUUCCUGGGGUUGUCCUCUGAACCAAAGAUGCAGCUGAUUCUUUUUAUUAUGUUCUUGUUCUUCUAUUUAUCAACUGUGGCUGGAAAUGUUAUAAUCAUCAUUAUUAUCCAGAUGGAACCUUGCCUCCAAACUCCCAUGUACUUCUUCCUCACUAAUUUAUCCUUUCUGGACAUUUGCUACACAUCCACCAAUGUCCCCCAAAUGCUGUCCAACUUGGUGGGGAAAAGGAACACCAUCCCAUUCUCCAGCUGUGCUACUCAGAUGUACUUCUCCCUCUCCUUUGGAAUGAUUGAAUGUGUCAUGGCUUAUGACAGAUAUGUAGCCAUUUGUCAUCCUCUUCAUUAUACUUUCAUUAUGGACCAAAACACCUGCAUUCAAUUGGCAGUCAUUUCUUGGUCCAGUAGCUUCCUGAGUUCCAUGGUUAUCAAUGUUCUCACAUUGAGCUUGCCCUACUGUGGGCCUAAUAUCCUGAAUCACUUUUUCUGUGAGGUACCUUCUGUCCUGACUCUGGCUUGCACCGACACCUCAUUCACGGAGCUAGUUGUUUUUAUCUUCAGUAUCAUCAUUGUCUUCGUCCCUUUCCUCCUCAUUACUGUUUCCUAUGUCCGGAUCCUUCAAUCUCUUCUCAGGAUGCGGUCAGCCUCUGGGCGGUAUAAGGCAUUAUCCACUUGUACCUCCCAUUUGACAGUGGUGACCUUAUUUUAUGGGACUGCCAUCUUCAUGUACAUGAGACCCCAGUCGAGGUCCUCCUGGGCUGGCGGCAAGAUCAUUGCGGUUUUCUACACGGUGAUCACACCUAUGCUUAACCCCUUGAUUUACAGCUUGAGGAACCAAGAUGUGAAAGGAGCUUUAAGGAGAGCUAUUGCAAAGCGGAGGACGUGA